AUGACGACAGUAAGCGUUGUGCCUAACUGGCGCCUGAUAGGCCCGGAGAUGGUAGCAUGGAUGGAAGACAUACGGCUCCUACGGUCCCGUGUUACCCAGCGCGCGGGCUAUAUCAGAGGUCUGCGACGCCUUGAUGAAGCUUUGGUGCGAUUGCGCGCCGAAGACGUCCGCCUUGGCAUUAUCCCUCACGCAGUCAAUCUGGCUGGCGACGCAGGGGUGCGGGAGCUUGUGAAGAACCUGCCAGAACUGGUUGAUCCAGCGCAAUCCGCUUCUCCUCCUCCUUCCGUGUAUCUGACCUUCGCGGCCCGCCUGAGGCUUGCGACAAUCACUUGGCAAAAUCGGGUCGCGCUUAAGCUCCGGGAUCUGGUAAUCGGCUCUUCUCAUUUUUUGCGGCCCGCCUCUUCCCCCACAUCCGCAGUGGCCAUCCUAUCCCUUGCACAAAGCGUUUUUCGAUGCAAGAAGUGCUCAGCUAUCCUGCGAUGGCCGACAAUUGUCAGCCACUCGCAUAUGCAUCACCGCCGAGUUCGCCCCGUUUUACCAGAUAAUCCCGCCGGCCACCCACGGGACGAGGGUAUCUUCGGUCUUACCUUGCGGGACGACGUGUACGAAAGUGCCGUGGUGACCCACUACGGUUACGAGCCUUGGGGCCCGGCCAGCCUCGAGUUCGUUGGGCACAAUGUGCUUGAGGUCAUUCGGGCAUGCGGCCUCGAUCCAAACGUCGCUACGCCUGCACAAAUUAGGGCAGCGGAUGUGCGACUAGUAUGCUGGGCAUGUAGCCGUCACGGGGAGAGUAUGGUGGUAAUGGAUUGGACAACCGCGUUUGCUCACUGUCUUGACCAACACAGUGCUUGGGAGCCCAGACGCCUUCAGCAGCCGCACGUCGCUUGGACAAAGCUCGAUAACGGGCUGCUUGCCUCCGUUCAAGCCGUCGAAGCAUCUCGCAGGGCCGCCUGGUACCCUACACGAGUGCUGUACUGGCAGUGUGCACACUGCUUAUACGGAUGCCUCGAAGAUAAACCAUAUGAGGCGGUCGACGGGCAUGUGCAGACACGCCGUCCACAAGCGCAGCACGUGCGCCCUAGGCCUGAUAACCCAGCGCUCAGCCAAGCACCUGUCUUGCUUCUUUCGGAGGGUUUGCAGCGCGCGAAUGCGCUCAAUAUCUGGGAGUCCAUGAAUUUCUGGCCCAGUGUGGAUGACGAUAUGCUGCGCUAUGCCUAUGUACCCAUGUAA